AUGUCGAAUAUUAAUUUAUUUGAUAGACCUGCUUCUGGUCCACGUCCUUUGAUCGAAUUUAGAGCUGGUAAAAUGACCAAGGAAGGGAAUACAGUGAAAGCAGAUACAAGAAAAGGCAAAAUAGCCUUGAUUAUUGAUCCCGAAGAUGGUCUUUUACAUUUCCAAUGGAGAGAUAGAAGUGAUAAGGUUAUUGAUGAUUCAAUUGUAUUUCAAGGAGAUGUUACUUUCUCUAGAGUUAAGAAAAUUAAUGAAUAUAUUGAAAAUCCACCAAUGGAAGGAAUGAAUGAUGAAGACAUACCACCUCAACCAACCGCUACGACCACACCUUCGGAAACAUCAACACCACCCCAACAGAAUGCUGUUCAACUGGAUCAAUUGUCAAGAAUUAUUCAAGGAAUUAAUCCAACAGCUCCGACUAGCGGACAGACACAACAAGCCUCUGCUACUACUCCAUCUCAGCAAUCUUCAUCAUCGCAACAAUCUCAAGGUUCUCAAAAUACAGAAGCCUCUCUUCAAGAGUUAUUGAGAAAUUUCCAAGAACAUCAACGUGAAAGAAAACAAACCAUUGCACUGGAGCAUGUCCUUCAAUCCGAUGCCAUUAAUGAAAUCAUCAAAAGACACCCAUCCAUUUUAAAUAGAGAUGAACUAUUUGCCAAUCUUCCUGAGGGUGACGAUGACAGAAGUGCACAAACACUAUUAAGCCAUAUAAGAAGUCCUCAAUUCCGUCAAACUUUAGAUGUGUUCGGGAGUGCAAUGAGUACAGGUCAGUUGAGUGGGUUGAUGAGAGAUUUCGGUUUAGAUCCAUCUGUGGCAGAUCCAUUUAGAGGAGGAGGCCUUUUAUCAUUCCUAACUGCUUUAGCCAAGAAAGAAGAAAAGAAAGAAGGUGACAAAAUGGAGGAUGAGAACCAAGAAGGAAAACAAUAG